GCCAAAGUUAGCUUGCAAGGAAACCGUAGAACUGAUUGCUUUGACAGUCUGGGCGUAGUUCGGCUGCUCUCCUUUCUGCUCAGAAGGCUUGUGGCGGAUUGAGAAACGAGACUGGCACUUAGUAGCUGACUAUGGAGAAGGUGCUGUGCACCGUGCACGGUUUCCCCUGCAUUUUGAAGACUGGUGUCCGGGAUGGACCCUGCAAAGGCAAAAGCUUUUACAUGUGCGGAGUCCAGGGCCAGGCAUCUUGUGGAUUUGUGCUCCCCACCGAGCUUUGCCCUUCCCACUGCUUGGUGCAUGAGGAAUAUGUAGUAGAGUUGCAAAUUUUGAUGCAGCAACAGGAGACAGAUGCAUACAGACUUUUCUAUCGAUGCAGUAAAGCUAAACUGGAAGGGAAGACGUGGUGUGGAAAUGUCCCAUGGAAGGAUUCAAAAAACACUGGACUGUCAACUAAUCCACAAACUCAGCACACUUUAGAGUUACUCUUUAAUCACAGAGAUCAGAGAAACCCAUUCAAAGUUCCGAGCAAGAAUCAUGAGCCAUUCUCUUUGAAACAAAUGAAUGAAAGUGAGAACAAAAGUUCAGAAAGAAAAGAUAAAAGAGGGACUUUGGGCUGUGAAAAAGGGGAUCUUCAGGAUUUCUCAUCUGAAUCUGAGAGGAAAGAGUUUCUAGCAGGAAUGAAGAUCAAGAACAAACAGUUUGAAGAAAAAAAUAAAAGUUCAUCUAAGAAAGGAAUAGAAACCCACACAAAAUCAAGCAAGCCUGCAACUGAAAUUGAAAAAAUAUUUUCUUCAGAUACAGAUGAAUGUGGCUCUAGCAAAAAGUAUGAGACAUUCUCUGGACACACAAAACAAGAUUCAUCAAUGAGAUUUAUUGAUGGUAUUGUGCAAAAAAAUGGAAGGCCAAAGGAAUCGCCAAGCUUUAGUAGCCAAAUAUUAAACACAAAGUCCCUUAAUGAGGAUCAGCUCAAAAAGGGAGGAUCUAAAACUGGCAGCGACAAAACCGUAACAGUGAAGACCUUAACAGUUGAGGCCGUAACAGUUGAGAAACCUGAACAGAAAAUUAUCAUGCCCAGAGAACUUGUAGUUGCUCAGGAAGGUGCAGCAUGCUCAACAUUGCCCCCUAAAGGAAAUCCGGAGGAACAGUUGGCACUGUUACAGACUAGUAAAGUUCCAGAAGAGAAAAACGAUACCCAUAAAAAUGUUCGUUGUGAUAAGCAUGAUGUACUUGAGCUUUCCAAAUUGCCUGUUGGGCUAGUAUUAGAUUCUCAGCAUGGAAAGAAUCACAGUCAGAAGAAUCAGUCUUCCAUCUCACAAGAAACAGCUUCUUUGCAGAAUGCAGAAACUGUAGAUUCCAAAGCUCUGCACAGCCAACUUUCAGCUCAGCUGAGGCAAAAAAAGAGCACUUUGAAAAUGGUGAAUGUGCAGGCCCUGCCAGAUAAAGGUGAGAGAUUACAAAAGCAGGUGCAGGAGCUGGAAGCUGUCCUUAGCUCUCUCAACCUGAAGACAGAAGAAAGUGCCCAGGAAGGAGAUGUGAGCAACAGAAGGCAUGAAGAGUUGCAGGACAAUACGUUCAGCAAGACUAUGAUAGACCUGCCAAGUACUGUGAUGGGUAAAAGGCCACAGCCACUCCAGGAGCAUCGUGCAGUGAACACCAUUGAGCACCAUCCUCCUCUGGGAUCUGCUCAGUAUUGCAGUAGCACUUACAAAGGGGAUUCCCAUACUCAAGCCCUCUAUGGUGGCCGGAUGACUGAAGAUCGUCUCAGAGCUGUAUAUAAUGCCACAAGUGAUGCAAUUAACCAGCUCCAUGAAUCCCUUGACUCCUGCCCCACAGAGGAGACAGUCGCUGAGGACCCACCUGGGCUGAAGGUCUCCCUGUUGCUGCACCAGAAGCAGGCACUUGCUUGGCUCUUAUGGCGGGAGAAUCAGAAACCGUGUGGAGGAAUUCUGGCGGAUGAUAUGGGCUUAGGAAAGACUUUGACAAUGAUUGCUCUUCUCCUGGCUCAGAAAUUGUUAGAGAAAGAGAAAGGAAAAGAGAAGAAACUAGAAAUUUGGAUGUCAAAACAAGAUCCAUCUGUUGUUGAUUCCCGCGGCACCCUCAUUGUCUGUCCUGCAUCUCUGAUCCAUCACUGGAAAAAGGAGGUGGAGAGGCAUGUAAGAAGUGGCAAGCUGAAAGUCUGCCUGUACCAUGGAGCCAACCGAAAUAAGAAUGCUGCCGUCCUCUCUGAAUAUGACAUUGUCGUCACUACCUAUAGCAUUCUAGCCAAGGAAAUUCCUACACAAAAAGAAGAAGCAGAAGUUGCUGCUGAAGAUCAUGAAGUACAGGAUAAGUCGGUUCCCUUCUCUCCCCUACUCUGGAUAAAGUGGGCUCGUAUUAUACUGGAUGAGGCCCACAACAUCAAAAACCCCAAAGUCCAGGCCUCAAUAGCUACCUGUAAACUAAGAGCUACUUCCAGGUGGGCUGUCACUGGGACCCCCAUUCAAAACAACCUCUUGGAUAUGUACAGUCUGCUCAGGUUCCUUCGCUGCUCUCCUUUUGAUGAAUUCAAGGUAUGGAAGAGCCAGGUGGAUAAUAAUACAAGAAAAGGAGGGGAGAGACUGACCAUUUUAACCAAGAGCCUCUUAUUGCGGCGAACAAAGAACCAGCUAGACUCCUCCGGCAAGCCUCUGGUAUCAUUGCCUCAACGUCUCACUCGAUUGCACAGAUUGAAACUUUCAGAUGAAGAACGGUCGGUGUAUGACGUGCUGUUCGCAAGAUCAAAGUCUACACUACAGUCCUAUCUCAAACGCCAGGAAACUCAAUCUACAGAGAACAGUGGGGACAACCCAUUCGACAAAGUAGCGCAGCAGUUCAGAGUUGGUCAACAGGGCUCCUUGGGAAAGGCUGACAAAGAUGCCCCUCCUGUCUCCACUACUGUGCACAUCUUGUCCCUGUUGCUGAGGCUCCGUCAGUGCUGCUGCCACCUUUCCUUACUGAAAGUGGCUCUGGACCAAGCUAACCUGAGCAGUGAAGGCAUCUCUCUCUCCCUGGAGGAGCAGCUCAGUGCUUUGACCUUGUCUGAACCUGAGAGCAGUGACACUCAGUCUAUGGUGUACCUUUUUGGGACAGCAUUCAGUGUGGAUCUCUUUGAAAGCACCAGACAGAGCACCAAGCUGUUGCAUCUCCUGGAAGAGCUAAAGACCAUCCAAGGUCUCUCCCAGAAAAGUGUCAUUGUUUCUCAAUGGACUAGCAUGUUGAAGGUUGUGGCCCUCCACCUUAAGAAGCUUGGCCUGAGAUAUGCCACAGUGGAUGGCUCUGUGAAUCCUAAGCAGAGGAUGGAUGUGGUUGAGGAAUUCAACAAUAAUCCUAAAGGACCUCAGGUGAUGUUAAUUUCACUCUUGGCUGGUGGCGUUGGCCUUAACCUGAUUGGAGGAAACCAUCUCUUCCUCUUUGACAUGCAUUGGAAUCCUGCAUUGGAAGACCAAGCCUGUGACCGCAUUUACCGUGUGGGGCAGCGAAACAAUGUCAUGAUCCACAGGUUUGUCUGUGAAGGAACAGUGGAAGAAAAUAUCUCCGAGCUGCAAGCCAAGAAAAAAGAGUUAGCCCAGAAAGUGCUGUCAGGAAGAGGAGACUCCUUCACAAAGCUCACCCUGGCAGACCUCAAGCUUCUUUUUGGCAUUUAACCAGGCUAGUUCCUUUAUAGACAGAAAUCGACAUGUGCCUUUUAAAAACUCAUCAUGCUAUAUUAAUAAAGUAUCUUAAGUCAAAUUAGAA